UUCAUGCAUUUCUUCAUAAAUUUGGAUCCAAAACACAGCUUCAAUUUUCAACCCCUUCCUCUCAUCAGCUUGUCUUCUUUACAUUCUUCUUCUUUUUUCACUCUCCAAAUUUCAAUCAAUCAUGGCCGUCCAAAUCGACAUCGUUUCUAAAGAAAUAAUCAAACCCUCUUCUCCGACGCCGGACCACCUUCGCCGCUAUUGUUUAUCCUUCCUCGACCAAGUCACCGUCGAUGUCUACAACCCAAUGGUUUAUUUCUAUGUUGCCGGCUCCGCGACCACCCCUGUCGAAAUAGCCGACCGCCUAAAAAAAUCUCUCUCCGACUUCUUGACCUAUUACUACCCUCUCGCCGGUAGACUCAACUCCGACGAGCUUUUCAUUGACUGCAACGACGAUGGUGUCCCCUUCAUUGAAACCAGUGUCAACUGCCCACUUUCUGAUGUAAUGAACACGUCGUUUCCUUCCGAAUUGAACAAAUUGCUUCCGUUUGAAUUGGACAAGCUUGACGAUGUUUCAAUGGGGGUUCAGUUGAAUGUGUUCGAAUGCGGCGGUGUUGCAGUUGGGAUCUGUGUUUCUCAUAAGAUUAGUGAUGCUUUGUCUUUUUUCAUUGUGGUUAAUGAGUGGGCUGCGUAUUGCCGAGGAGAGAAGGAGGCAGUGCGAGUUCAUUUGUCGUCGGCCGAGGUGUUUCCACCGACGAAGACUAAGGUUCACAACACGAGGACAAGUAUUUUUAGACAGAGAGUAGGGAGACGGUAUCAUAUUGAUGCUGCAAACGUUGAAACUAUUAGAGCUAAAUAUGCAGACUGUCCUGCCAUGGAAAACCAGAGGCGACCUUCGAGAGUUGAGGCUUUGUCUACUUUCAUCUAUAGCCGUUUUAUUGCCGCCAUUAAAGCGGUUUCAAACGAUCGCAUGGAAAAUGGAAGCUCAGAUUCGGAGAAAAAGAUAUUCUUGGUAUGUCACUCGGUAAACAUACGCUCAAGACUUGACCCACCGGUUCCUGAUUACGCAUUUGGAAACUAUUAUCGAACCACAUUUGCAGUUCCUUCAGAGGAGGUUCUUAACGACGAGUAUUGUUACGAUCUCGUGAAGCAGGUGAGGGAAGAAAUUGGGAAGAUCAACAAAGAUUAUCUAAAAAGGCUUCAAGACAGCUCAAAAUUCAUCGAAUCCAUGAAAAAGACGGCCUCCCAAUUCGCCACCGGCGAACUCAUCUCUUGCUCCUUCACUAGCCUUUGUCGGAUGCCAAUCUACGAUAUCGAUUUUGGAUGGGGACAACCCGACUGGAUAAGCUCCCCAGCCUUGAUCUUCAAGAACCUUUUUGUCUUCAUUGAUAAGAAAGAUGGUGAUGGAGUUGAGAUCUAUGUUCAUCUCACAGAAGAGCACAUGAAAAAGUUUGAAGCGGAUGAAGAGUUUCUUAAGUAUGCAAAAUUGCCUUCUAAUUAAUCAUUUUGCUAUCCAAUAUUAGUACAAUUAAUAUUUGAGUAUUGCACGGAUCAUUUGAAUAUCUCAUUAGCUAUCGAUUUCGUUUGUCAAUUGAAAGAAGAACACAAAGAAACCAAUAAGAGCAAUGUUUGUUUGUGAAGUUGUUAGGGACAAUUGUAAUGUAAGAUUAAAUUGUGAUUUGGCAUUAAUUUAUUGUUUAAUGAUUGGAUGUGUUGGAUUAAAGAAAUUGUGAUUCA